AUGACCUCGAAGAUGAAAUGCCUGGUGCAAUAUAUUUACCAGUUGAUAAAUUGCGUCGUGACAGUCUUGUGAAAUCUCCGCCAGCAAGGACAGUUAGAAUUCAAAUUAGAAGAUUAGGAACAACAAAUUCUGUUAUGCUUGGUUACAAUUUUCGUGAUCCUGUAGAAAACAAUAAGUUGUAUAAAUCUGUUCUUGAUUCAGGUGCACCAGAAAUGAUCCUUCCUUAUCAUGUCCGUAGGAUAUUUGGAAGAAGAGGAUGGAAAACUGCCUGUGGUGCUACUAUUGGAUAUGGAGCACCCACUCUCCUGCUUCAUGCAUCAACAACAUUUGAAGUUGCAAUUGGGGAUGAUAAUGGUUGGACUAA